CUUCUGCAAAGUGUUUAGUGUUGUGUUUGUUGCAGAGCUCAAGAGAUGGCGGUGGCGGCCAAUUCUGCAAGAAAAACCCUCCAAAUCGCUUCAUCUUCCACCAGAACCCUCUUAUCUCGUAGAUCUUCGCCUCCCUCCGUUUCCUCUUCAUACGCCACUAAGCUCAAUGGAUUCGCCUCUUCUUCUUCUUCUUCUCAGAAACGCGCCCUCUCGUUUUCCCGGUUUCCUGUGCAGUUGGCCGGUGCACACGUGUCGUUGACGCCGUUGCAUAGUGUUACUGCCUCUGCCUUGUUCACUUCUCUCCUCUCUCUGCACAACGCUAACUGGGGUUGUCUUUCCGAAGGUUUUGCAACACCUCUAUAACAUGCAAACGAAACUUUGCUUUUUGAUCCAGAUACCAUAUCAUUAGGUGCAGGUUUUGUUUCAAUACUUGUUUCUAAUAGAUUCGGCUAUUAAUAAUGUAACUUGAUUAAUUUUUCUCUAUCUAUUGUGAGACUGUCAGAAAUGCGUAGUUGUCCUGUUGACAUUUACAAGUUGUAUUUACAUUCGAGCUUUCGGAAAGAUCGGUCUAUUGCCGAUUGAUAACCCUUCAAUUUGGGGAAAUUUUCCAUGUAAAAUGUACGCUAUUUUUUGAAGUGAUUUUAUUUUGCGCGAACCUUUAA